AUGUUCGAACAUCGUGUCGCUCUGGGCAUAUGGCGAGAUUUCUCCUUCAGUCCGAUAAUUUCCCGUAGCGAUGGCGAACACGACGAUGUUGCGGAGCUCGAAAUACAAAUAAUAAUUUACGGAAAAAUGCCGUCGGAAAACCCGAAUAAUUGUCCCGUAGUAGUCGUAAAUUUGGCAGCGGAACUCGUCAUCCACAUUCCAGGCAGUUUGGGCCAAGAAGGGGUGGUUUACCGCCUGGACUACUACCCACCUUUCGGAUAUCCUGCCCCCAAUACCACAAUAGCCUCCAAAGACAUACGUGACGUCAUCAAAUUCUCCCAAGCCCUUCCAGGAACCAAAUACGAUUUUUGGUUGUAUUAUUCCAAUGCUACGCAUAAUACAUUGACGUGGACUGCAAAUUUUACUACAGUGCCUGAUCCACCCUCAGGCUUGUCAGUUUUUGUCCGCAACGGCAAACAAGCUAUAGUGACAUGGUCUCCACCUUCACAAGGCAGCUAUACGAGUUUCAAGCUUAAAAUCAACCCUUUAGUUCACAUCCCAGCAUUAAAACCUUACCUGCAAUUCCGCCUAAGGUGGGAUGGCAAAGCAAUUACUAUAGAAAACAUCGACAACGUCCAAUACACCCUUAAAGAUCUCGUACCUGGGGCCACCUACCAGGUACAAGCCUUUACGGUUUUUGAAAACAAGGAAAGUGCAGCUUAUACUUCAAGAAAUUUCACUACAAAACCCAACACUCCAGGUAAAUUCAUAGUAUGGUUCCGAAACGAAACCACUUUGCUUGUCUUGUGGCAACCUCCUUAUCCAGCAGCUAUUUACACCCACUACAAAGUCUCCAUAGAUCCUCCUGACGCAAACGACUCGAUUUUAUAUGUGGAAAAAGAAGGCGAACCUCCUGGACCGGCGCAGGCAGCUUUCAAAGGCCUAGUACCAGGGAGGGCCUACAACAUUUCAGUACAAACGAUGUCCGAGGAUGAAAUCUCCACUCCUACCACUGCCCAGUACCGCACGGUACCUUUAAAACCAGGCAAAAUUAGUUUUGACAAAGAAAAAAUAACCACAAACUCGUUUGUGGUCCACUGGGAACCACCUGUUGGCAAAAGCGAGUUUGACAAAUACCAAAUAUCCCUUGGUACUUUGAGAAAACCCCCACCAGUACCCAGAUCCAAAGAUGACCCAACCGAUUGGGAAUUUAAAGACAAUUUGGAACCAGGCAAAACAUAUUCAGUUAUUGUAAAAACCGUGUCUGGCAAAGUAACUUCGUGGCCGGUAUCAGAACCAGUUACUCUAGAACCAUUACCUGUCAGUCAUUUACAUUCAACCUUGGACGAAAAAUCUGGAAUAAUUACCAUAUCGUGGAAACCUCAUCCUGACAGUACUCAAGACAGCUUUUUGGUUUCUUAUCACGAAGUCGAAAGCACUACAGGGGAUAGCAAUACUGUAACAACAAAUCAAACAAAAAUAGAGUUGGAGACUUUGUUACCGGGCCGCAAUUAUUCUGUAACUGUCCAGGCCGUGUCAAAAGACAUGCAGUCAAAAGAAGAAUCAAUUUAUGUGGUUACUAAGCCUAGUGCCCCUAUAAUUGAAGACCUUAAGCCUAUGGUUGAUGGUCUAAACAUCAGUUGGAAAUCUGAUGUCAACUCGAAACAAGACAAAUUUGAAAUUGUUUGGAUCCGAAACGAUACUAGUGAGCGAGGAGUUAAGUCUGCAUUUGACUCUAAAAUAAUUUUGAGCCAAUUGUAUCCAGGUGCUGGAUAUAUGGUUAAAAUUUUCGCCAUUAGCCAUGGGCUAAAGAGUGAGCCACAUGAAUAUUUUCAGCCAGUUUUUCCCAAACCUCCUAGGAAUAUGUCAAUUGAAAAAACAACCACAAAUUCGGUCAUAGUACAAUGGCAAGCUCCUUUGGACUCUCUAAUAAGUGAAUAUUCCAUACGAUAUAAAACAGGAUCGGAUAAUCAAUGGGUCAAAUUGCCAGCGGUUCAAAAUACUGAAGCUGAAGUUACUGACAUGACUGCAGGAGAAAGAUACACCAUUCAAGUGAACACUGUCAGCUAUGGGUUGGAGAGUAACGAGCCUCAACAGCUCAAUCAUACUGUCAGACCCAAUCCAGUAUCGAACAUCGCUCCCCUAGUGGACUCAAACAAUGUCACUCUAGAGUGGCCCCGGCCUGAAGGCAGAGUGGAAACUUACAUUGUUAGGUGGUGGGAGGCAACAACUCCUUCCAAAGUAAACAAAAGUGUGGUGAAUCAAAAUCAAAACGGAACAGGCCCAGUACGACUUUUAGUAGGAGAUUUAAUGCCUGGAGAAGAAUAUGUCUUUGACAUCCAAGCAAUAUCAAACGACUUGCAAAGUGACGUCACUGUAUUAAGAACAAGAACAAUGCCCUUAAUCCAAUCAGAAGUAGUCGUAGUCAACAACCAAGGCUCUACUGACUCAGUGGGGCUGCGCUACACCCCAACUCCUCAAACAUCUUCCAAAUUUGACAUUUACAGGUUCUCCUUGUCUGAACCAAACAUUCCAGUCCAAGAAAAAGCAGCCAACGAUUCAGAUAGACUAGUGACAUUUAAGAAUCUAAUACCUGGCCGAUUAUAUAACAUAACAGUUUGGACAGUGUCUCAGACUGUAGCCAGUCAACCCUUGCAAAGACAAGACAGAUUGUACCCGGAACCGAUAACAGGCAUUAACGCCACCUCUAUUUCAGACACAGAAAUUACUCUGACGUGGGCAUUUCCUCGAGGAGAAUACAAUGCCUUUGAAGUCCAAUACAUUAACUCAGAAGGGGCUUUUAUACAAAAUCUUACUUUGCACAAUACUAUUUCUAUAAACGAACUAAAGCCUCAUAGGAAUUAUACUUUUACAGUUAUAGUGAGGAGUGGUACUGAGUCAAGCAUUUUAAGGCGGUCUUUGCCUGUAUCAGAAAGUUUUACCACCAAAGAGUCAGUGCCUGGUAAAGUGGAAAAGUUUGAGCCAAUAGACAUUCAACCAAGCGACAUUGUGUUUGAAUGGAGUUUGCCUACCUCUGAACAAAAUGGAGUCAUUAGGAAGUUUACAAUAACUUAUGGAUUAGAAGGUUCCCCUCAUGUAUUAUUCAAAGACUUCGCCUCCUACGAAUUCCGAGGUGCACUGAAGCAACUACUACCUGGAAAAACUUACGUAUUCAAAAUACAAGCAGAAACAAGAGUGGGAUUCGGUCCGGAGACUAUUUGGAAACAGCGCAUGCCCAUUAUGGCACCACCUAAACCCAGCAUGCAAGUGGUACCGACUGAAGUUUGUAAGAGUUCCACAACGAUUCAGAUCAGGUUCAGGAAGAACUAUUUCAGUGAAGCUAAUGGACCUAUUGUCUCCUACGCGAUUAUCGUAUCCGAAGACGUCAAAACAUACUCGGUAAUUGUUAAAACCGUGUCUGGCAAAGUGACUUCUUGGCCGGUAUCCGAACCAGUUACUCUAGAACCAUUGCUUGUCAGUCAUUUACAUUCAACCUUGGACGAAAAUAUCACUCUACCAGUCUUGAAACUCACCGUGGCCCCACGGAAGUUGAGGACAGGGGAGCCGACUGGUGGCGUGGGGAUUAGAGAAUUUUGUGACAUAGAUAUUCAAGCUAUGUUAAACAUCCAGAUUAUCGUAUCCGAAGACGGCAAAACAUACUCGGUAGUUGUUAAAACCGUGUCUGGGAAAAUUGUCUCCUACGCGAUUAUCGUAUCCGAAGACGAUUCGAAAAACGCCUCAGGUCUAGAAAUGCCCAGCUGGAGGGACGUGCAAGCCUACUCCCUAUGGCCGCCCUAUCAAAUCAUGGAGCCCUACUACCCCUUUUUCAAUAGCUCAGUGGAGGAUUUCACUAUUGGAGGCGAAACUUGCGACAUACGGCAAGUCGGUUACUGUAAUGGCCCUUUAAAGUCCGGAUCUACCUAUAGAGUUAAAAUAAGGGCCUUUACUGCGCCUGAUAAGUUUACGGAUACCAGCUAUAGUUUCCCAAUACAAACAGGAUUGCUAAGACUUGAAGAUCAAGACAACACUCCUAUAAUCCUAGGAGUUGUCAUACCUCUAGUACUAAUCUGUCUACUGUUUGUAAUGAUUAUUAUUAUAAGAAAACGCCGUUCAGCUGGCAGAAAAGGCAUGGUGGAAUCCAGAAACAAUGAUAGUGCUAGUUUGCCUGAUUCUGUAAUGGAAACUAGUAGGCCUGUAAGAAUCGAAAACUUUGCCAACCAUUACAGAAUAAUGUCAGCCGAUUCAGAUUUCAGAUUUAGUGAAGAAUUUGAAGAAUUGAAGCACAUUGGCCGAGACCAACCUUGCACCGCAGCCGAUUUGCCUUGCAACAGGCCCAAAAACCGCUUCACCAAUAUAUUGCCCUACGAUCAUUCCAGGUUCAAGUUGCAACCUGUUGACGACGAAGAAGGUUCAGAUUAUGUCAAUGCUAAUUAUGUACCUGGCUAUAACUCCCCAAGAGAAUUCCUAGUCACUCAAGGCCCAUUGCACUCGACCAGAGAUGAUUUUUGGAGGAUGGUUUGGGAAUCGAAUUCGCGCGCUAUCAUUAUGCUGACCAGAUGUGUGGAAAAAGGACGGGAAAAGUGUGACCAUUACUGGCCUUAUGACACAAUGCCAGUGUACUAUGGAGAUAUUUCUGUACAGAUUCUAAAUGAAACACGAUAUCCUGAUUGGAAUAUUUCUGAGUUUAUGGUUUGUAGAGAUGAUUUCAAUGUAGCUUCAAUAGUUUCGCAGCUGCAAAAUUGUGUGACUUAG